CUUAUUCACUCAAACAAGGUGCGCUCACACAUCUAGAGACAAACAUACACUCAUACACACAUUUGCACAAACACACAAUCUGUCUCGCUCUCUCUCUCUUAGUCUUUCUUUCUCUCACACACUCACAGACACACACGCACUCACUCACACACACCGGCUGCUGGGUCAUGGCGCAGAACGGGAUUACAGAGAACGGAGAGGCGCAGAAUGUGACUUUACCCCAACCUCAGAAGAUCUCAGAAAUCAAACACACCAAGCUUUUCAUCAAUAACGAGUGGCACUGCUCUGUGAAAGGAAAAACCUUUCCUACAUUCAACCCUGCGACAGGUGCCAAACUGUGUGACAUACAAGAGGCAGAUAAAGCUGAUGUGGACAAAGCCGUGGAGGCAGCGAGAGCAGCGUUAAAGCAAGGCUCAGCAUGGAGGAGGAUGGAUGCGUCGAGCCGGGGCCGCUUGCUGAAUGGUCUGGCUGACCUGCUGGAGAGAGAGCGCAGUCUGCUCGCCACCAUGGAGACUAUGGACACUGGAAAACCCUUUCUUCAGUCAUUCUUUGUUGAUCUGGAAGGAAGCAUCAGAACACUGCGAUACUACGCCGGCUGGGCUGAUAAGAUCCAUGGCAAGACCAUGCCAGUGGAUGAUAAUUUCUUGUGCUUUACCAAACACGAGCCAGUCGGCGUGUGUGGAGCAAUCAUUCCAUGGAAUUUUCCUCUACUAAUGUUCACGUGGAAGAUUGCCCCAGCCUUGUGUUGUGGAAACACAGUGGUCAUCAAGCCGGCUGAGGAGACUCCGCUGACAGCCCUCCAUGUCGGCGCACUUAUCAAGGAGGCCGGCUUUCCUCCUGGAGUGGUGAACAUUGUGCCCGGUUUCGGCCCAAUAGCCGGGGCAGCCAUUGCCAGUCACAUGGGCAUCGACAAAGUGGCAUUCACCGGGUCCACAGAGGUGGGUCAGCUGAUCAAAGAGGCAGCGGCGAAGAGCAACCUGAAAAGAGUGACGCUGGAACUGGGAGGAAAGAACCCGUGUAUUGUGUUUGCUGACUCAGACUUGCAGUUAGCAGUGCAGGAAGCUCAUAAAGGUGCAUUCUACAACCAGGGUCAAUGCUGCACCGCUGCCUCACGUGUGUUUGUAGAAGAGAGUGUGUAUGACGAGUUUGUGAGACUCAGCAUUGAAAGUGCUAAGAGAAUCGUAGCCGGUGACCCAAUGGACCCCCGAACGACGCACGGCCCUCAAAUUAGCCAGCAGCAAUUUGAUAAUAUCAUGGAGCUGGUGGAGAGUGGGAAGAGCGAAGGAGCAAAGCUGGAGUGUGGUGGAAAUGUCACGAAGGACAAAACUCUGUUCAUGCAGCCCACCAUCUUCUCAGACGUCAAAGACCACAUGCGGCUGGCAAAAGAGGAGAUCUUUGGGCCAGUUCAGUGCAUUUUGAAGUUUAAAAGUGAGGAAGAAGUGAUCACCAGGGCAAACAGCACCCACUACGGCCUUGCGGCGGCCGUGUUCACCCGGAGCGUAGAUCGAGCACUGAGCGUGUCCUCUGCACUGGAGGCUGGAACUGUAUGGGUCAACUGCUACAAUGCUCUCCAUGCCCAGUCACCAUUUGGUGGCUACAAGAUGUCAGGGAACGGUAGAGAGCUUGGCGAGUACGCGUUGGCAGAGUACACCGAGGUCAAAGCCGUCACUAUAAAACUCGGAGAGCAGCUGAAGAUUUAACACGUCGCCUUUUGGAGCUGACCCUGGUGACCCUCUCAUCCACCGACCAGUUAUAAAGCGCUUUCAGAAAACCUGGGAAUCAAACGAUCUACACAAUGGACGUUACGUUUUCCAUACUGAAAUGAAUUCUUAUAUAUCUACAAGCUCUUGUAUCGUUUUUUUUAUCCUCUUUUAUCAUUCUAUAUAGAUGUUUUGUACAGAAAAACAAAUGUUUGUAUAAUGUUUUUUAUUUAAUCUGGAUCUCUUUGACUUUUUUUGUAAAGCUCCAAAAGAUUUGAAGACACAAACUUAAUAUACAGUAUAUAUAUAUAUAUAUAUAUAUAUAUAUAUAUAUAUAUAUAUAUGAAUCUAAUCUUCAACCUAUUUCAAACAUAGCCAUUUAGCAUGCAAUAACAUGCAUGGUGUAUGAAGUUUGCUUGAUUUUUUUCGAUAAAGCUAAAGGGUAAGGAAAGUUUAGAGCUACCGGGUUAACAUUUAUUUAUUUGUUUAUUUAGAUUCUCACUGUCAAAAUUUCUCAAUUCUCUACUCAUUAUCUGAUAAUGUUACAGUAAUCUAACCAUAUGAUGAUCAUUCUCCAGACUCUGUAAAUGGACCAGCAUUUAGCAAAUAAGGGUCAGAUUUUUUUUUUUGCUUGUUUAUGAAUGUAUAUGCAGAUAAAAUGGAGUCCAUUUCGAAACGUUAAAUAUAUAUACAUCACAUUUCCUUUGUCUCUUAAAAUGAAUAUUUUCUAUUUAAAAGCUAUUUACAAUGCUAAAGCUUUUAAAUAAAAUCUUUGGUUUUGAACUAUAAA